CCGACACGAGCGGAUGGCGUACGUUGCCGCUCGCGCCACGAUUACCUCGUGAUUUUCCUUUCUGUCAGAGAUACCGUCGGUCACCGUUGUCGAUCUCUUGUGACGAAUCACACAGUACUCUAAACUAAACUAUCUAUUGCGAUUGCACACAGUCGGAGUCUUCAAGUUCGUUUGUGACUUUGUGUGCCGCGCUUCAAUCGCGGAAUAAGAAAAAAAAAACAAACGAACGAGCGAGAGACAACAAAAAGGAAAUAAAGAAACGGAGAAGGCGAAAGGUAGAUUUUCCCCUUUGAUCUUUGUCUCUGGUCGUCGAUUUUCAUCGUGGUCGUUUCGUGUUUUGUCAUCGACGAACGUCGCGUACUUACACGUUUUAACACCACGUGUGUGCGCACGCACGCACGCACCAACUCCAACGACGCACGUAUUUACUAUAUUAUCAGGCCCGCGCGACUGGCGUACGGGGCGCCCUCCAAAAGUCGUGUGUGCGCGUGCAACCCUACCGGAGCCCGCUGACGUUGGUUACCAUAGUAGCGCGCGUGCCGAUCAGCUGAUCGUUGGGAUCCGAGCGUGUUCGACCGUCGGCAGUCGGCCAGCAGCGGCUCCGUCCACUCGUUUUAUGCGUUCGUGCAACUCGCUUGCCUUUCGCGCCGUGAUUUAGUGAUCAACCAACUAUUUCGUCAACAUCCCAUCUCCCAUUGUGGCAACGCAUAGUUCCAGGAAAAUUCUCGAUACAACUAGACAAACUUGAAUAGAUCGUACAUAACGGUCGGAUCAUCCUCUUAUUCGCUGUUUUUGCGGUUAGAAGGAUGCAUUGUUACAUUGUAUCCGUAUUGUCAAUCUAAUUAGCCAAGUAAACGACCAGACGUUGGAUCAAAUAUGAUUUGAAGUAGCCAAAGCCGAACUAAGUACGUUGUUCGAGUAAUUCAUUUGUGUGCUUGUGACAAGGAAAACCAAAGCAUUUCGAGAUACACCAUUGCAUACGACUAUCGAGACCUUGCCAUGAUUCACGUCACGCAUUUUAAAUUCAACCGUCCAGAAGCGAAAUUCAACGGAGAUAUGUCCAGCGACAGUGGAUUCGAGUAUUAGAUAUCAUGGUUUGUUUAAUUAAGCGUUGUAAGGUAUCCCGAUUGAAACAUCGAACCAUUUUUGCUGUCGAACGUUUUCAAAUUACAUUCGAACAAAAGUUUAUAGAACGUAAGAAACAAGCUUGGUGAUGGUCGCUGCGUAUUUCUAACCGCGCCCGAUAAUCGAAACUAUGUUCGAUACAUAAUAGUAAUAAACACACGUCGUCUCUCGAAGCAGUAAUUUACCGUGCGUUAUGUUUUCAAUAGCGUUGUCAGGUGACCUUAUGUACGUGACUAACCGUGCGACCAUCAAUGACACGCUACAAAAUCAACAAAACAAACUUAAACUGAAAAACGAUCACUCAUUCAAGUAGAUAUAUCGGGGAAUUACGAAGAACGCCCUUGCCACUUCUCGUAAUCGAUUAAUUUGCAAAUGAAACAAAAUUCAAUUACUUGAAUUAAAUCGAUGUAUCACAGUAUUCGCAAAAAUGAAACAUAAUCAUUUCGAAUCGAUCGAUCAGAAGAUGGUGUUGUAGUGCAGUUUGGAAAAAAACAUCGAUAUAUCGAUAUUGUUUGGUGUCAGGUGUCGCUAGACUGCAGUGAACGAUGGCCACACAGUCUUCGUACGUACGAAAUGAAGAACAAAACACGUCGGAAUUGGAAGUAACGGUUGUGGUGAAUUAUAAUUUUCAUUAAAACAACAUUCAGGCUCGCUUGGUAAUGGGAUAUCGCAGAAUGUGAAAGCUUUUUUUUGUACGGACACAAAUUUUUGACAAUCGUUUGUACCUGUGACGAAUCACUUGACUGCAUGAACCAGACUCCGUGUGAAUAUGUGAAGUGACUGAAUUCUUUUUUUAUCGAACUUUCGUCAAAAGUGAUUUUUCGUUUUAUUUCGUGCUGUGCCUGCAACUGCAUCUUUAUACGCCAAUUGCAACAAUGACAAUUCGAAGUAAUUUCUCGUUCAUGCGGAAACUCUGUGAUAGCCAAUGUCAGCAACGCCAUUACUCGGAUUAAGUCAAGUGUGAGAAGAUCGGUUCCUGAUAUUAUCUUGAUAGAAAGCUUGGUGACGUACGCCGAACGGGCCAGUAUUCAUGCCAGUAUGCCAAUCAGAUGCCAGUAGAGAGCCAGUAUCUGUAUCUGUCGCCACCGAUAGCCAAUUAAUAAGUUACUUAGAUAGUUAAAUUAAUAGACGAUACAUCACACGCUGUUUUAUAUAAUCGUUGUUAGAAGACGUCGCUUAAUAGGCGUAACAAAUAUACACGUAUUUAUAUUAUAUAUACAUACACACACGUACAUAUACGCAUAUAUAAAUAUAAUAUAAUCGAAGAAGCAAUAAGUGUCGAAUCGCGGGCUAUUAUUUUCACAUCGUACUCUUUUUUUCUACCACUACAAUUUUCUCCGCUCGUUCAUUGGUUUGCUUUUUUAAAUUAUCGGUGACCGCGUGUUCUCUUUACGAGAGUAUAUUCGUAAGAUUGGACAGAGUGCAAUCGAGUUGUGAUUAUCGAAGUGGACUGACCGAUCGAUUUCUCGGCUGUGAAGUGAAUUAAUACCCCAGGAAAACGAUUGAAACGGAGAAAGGAAGCGAACAGCGUACACAGGCGAGCACGGUGGCUGGAAACGGUGACUUACAUCGAGAGCGCCAACCUGCAAUCAAGGUUCAUGGUUUUCAUGGAUGAGAGCGAGCUCUCGAGCAAGCGGUGGGCCAGUGCGCCCCGCCGCCCGGACAGCCCCUGCGUCCUGGGGGCACCAACGUCUAGGGAGGCGGCGGGACCACCGGUGCAACUGGAACCAGUGGAUCUGUCCGUGAAAACUCCUGUGGUGUUGCAGGUGCCUCGGUAUAGUCCAGCGGCUAUAAUUACCGCCGCGGCUAGAAGAAUCCCUUCACCUUCGACGACGCCUACACCGCCGCCGCUCUCCAUAUCUACGGUGUCGCCGCCUUUGCCGCCUCUGGGAGAAACAGCGUGGGAGAGAAACCGGGAACGAGAGCGCGAGAGGGUGCGAGAGAGGAGCACGGAGAACGAGCACAGGGAACGGCAGCAAGAAAGAGAAUCAGGGAUCAGAGAGAGGGAGCCGCGGGAUCGAGAAAAGGAACGGGAUCGCGAUAGGGAGAGGCAAAGGGACAGGGAAAGGGACAGAGAGCGGGACGUGUCGGUCCGCAUGAUGGAACCGCUCGAUCCUGUCUUCGUUUCCCCCUCGGCGGCCCUACUCGCGUUACAGAGGAUAAAGGAAACGUCCCUGGUGUUUCACAAGCGUCCCGCGCUCGCGAGUGGGUUAGGAAUCGGCGGCAGAGUAAACGCCGGUGUUGGAGGAAACGGCGGUAGUUUAGCGGUGGACAACGAAUGCGGCGACGCGUUGAAGAGACGCAAAGUUCACCGAUGCGACGUGGCGGGCUGCGACAAAGUGUACACGAAGAGUUCUCACCUGAAAGCUCACAAGAGAACUCACACCGGCGAAAAACCGUACCAGUGCACAUGGGAGGGUUGCACGUGGAAAUUCGCUCGUUCUGACGAAUUAACACGGCAUUACCGCAAGCAUACGGGCCAGAAGCCGUUCAAGUGCCAUCUUUGUCAGCGAUCGUUUUCGCGGAGCGAUCAUUUAUCGCUUCACAUGAAAAGGCACUGAUAAAGAGGACCAUCUAGCCGUUGGAGGAAAGAUAGAGCAGAUCGAAGAAGGGGUAGAGACCGUUUUGUCUCGGGAAACCGGGACACGAAUCGUGAUCGUGGACGACGACGAUGAUUCUUUUUUUUUUUUUUUACAUUCGGGACCUGAAGAGCCUCGCAUCGUUGCUCGAAUCGUUUUCAACGAGAACGUGAAGAGUCGGAGGCGGAAACUAGGAGAAAAAAAUGAAGAAGCAAACGAAUCGUUCAUUAGGUUUAGAGGUUUAACCCAUUUGCAUCCAAGCGCGGAAUAAUCCGCGUUCUGCGACUGUCUUCUAUCCCCCAGCGCGGAUUAUUACGCAAUCGGACGACUGUCUUCUAUCUGUCUUCUAUCAGUCGCUAAAUAUUCUUCAGAUAUGAGAGAUCAUGUUCGACCUGUUUGUCAGCAUCUCGCCUAUAUCAGUUUAUUGUAUUGACCAUUUUAAAGAAUUCCACGAGAAAUAAUAAGAUUUAAUUUCUUUUUUUUUUAAAUAAAUAAUUUUUUCUUUUUUUUUCUGUUAUAAAGAAUGUAAGAUGCGAUGUUUACGAAGCAACAUUGUCUACCAAUCGUUUUAAAUUUCCGAUAAACUAUGAAGAAUUUGGAUGUCAUUCACUGCACCUACGACCGACCGCGCGUGGUGAUAGGGACCAGUCCUCUUAAGUAGGGCCAUGAUGCAAAUGGGUUAAUCUAAUGGAAGUAUCAUUGCAAUUAUUGGUGAAUAAUCGUGCGACGAGCCUGCUAGCAAUCGUGACAACGCGAAUCGUUGAAAUUUUUUUACUUUGUUUCUUGUUGUACUGCCUCUGUGAGAGACAAAUUUCUAUUUUCGAUUUGCGUUGUUUUUAUGGCGAACGUACGUAGCGUAAGAAUCGUUGAUAUUUAAAAUAUUCGAUGGAAAUUUAUUUAUUCUUUGUGCAGGUGUAUUUAAAAGAAAAACGGAUAUCGAACGAAGCUUAGCUUCGACGAUAGAAGAAAAAAAAAGCGAGCGUAGAUAGCAGAGAGGAGCGAUUGCUGCGGGUUUUCCGCAAGUAGCACGCGGUCACUUCUGUUUUUAAUUCUAGCCAAUUUUUACUUGUUCGUAUGUCCAGUUUGUUUUCAUUUUUUUUUUUUUUUUUUUUUUUUUUGUACGGUUAAAUAAGGCCAGCUCAACUAGUCUAGAGCACCAUAUGUAUCGUCUAUUGCGAAGAAUAGAGCCAGUAAAAGGAGAAGAAGGAAGUAAUAUCGUUAAGGUAAUUAAACGGUUAAUAAUUAAAGAGAAUAUCGAACUCCGGUGACGGAGCUUGGGACUUAGCAUGCUCAGUUAAAUAAACUACAAAUCGUGAUCGUUAAACAUUUUUUAAUGCAUUAAAUAGCGAUUUAUCAGAUUAUGCACAAAGAAUUUCGCGUUUAGGGACGGACAAUCAUCGAUGUUUUCAUUGUCAAAGAAAACAAGGGAAUUUGACGCUCUGAAAGCCAGUAUUACGUGUGCAUUAAGCAAUAGAAUUGUGUAUACUAUCGACGGCAUUGCGAUGCUUUUACGAGUCUUUCUUUCGUUCGAUCAUGCAAAAAUUUCUUCGGUCGUAUCGGUAAAGAAGCCGGUAUGCCUUUUCAGCCAUGCGUAUACACAAACAAGGUGCCAAAGUAGAAGGUGCAAACGUAUUGUGCGAACGAAGAUGUCCAUUGAUACAUUACGCUCAAUUGUUAAAAAAGAGAGAGAGAGAGAGAGAGAGAGAGAAAGAGAGAAGAAAGCAGAUCGAAGAAUUAUUUUUUAAACGCUUUUGCAUCCCGUUCGUCGAACACGUCACCGCGAUACACGUCUCGUCGAAUCGUGCCACGUGUCAAGCAUCAUCACGAAAAGAAAAAUCGAGCGUUUCCUGCUCGAUUUCUGCACAUUUUAUUUUGGCAUCUAUUACGAAACGAGAUCGCUCAAGCAAAAUACAUUCGAGGCCAAUAAAAAGAAUUUAAUCUUCGCUUGUGAAACGAACGAAGAAUUAAAAGAAGAAGAAGAAAAAAAAAGAAAAGAAACGCAGAACGUAUGUCUACGUUCCUCGUGGUUUUGAGAAAAAGAGUACGUGUAUCAGAGUUCGUGUAAUUGAUGAUGCACCGAGUCGGCUGUUCAAUUGUCGUCAAUCUAAAUGCGUCGAGUGCAUAAACGAAUUACGAGCCUGAAAGUAACGUUAUCAAAGAAAUUCUAUAUAUAUAUAUAUCAAAACAUAUCGUACGAAGGCAUCGACUCUGUGCGUCGCAAGUGUAAAACCACGGUAACGUCACGCGAUACGUUCUUAAACGAAGCUACUCGAAGGAGAAGGUGCAAUAGGAAACACGGUGUUAUAAAGGGUCUGUUGGCUACGCUGAAAGUAUCGCGCGAUACCGCAUUAUUGCAUUUUUUCCUGCGAGUGACUACGUCGAGGGGAAGUUAAGUUUGCCGUGGCGUUAGCCAGAUGUAUCGCACGAGAAUCGGAUAGCUCGCGAAUUGCAAGCUUGUAAAUAGUUUAGAAACCUUGAGUAACGCGACGUCUGCGUACGUAUAGCACAUGUGUAGCAUUCCCCCGUUUUCUUCGAACCUGUAUCUUCUUUUCAUUUUAAUGUUUUUUUUUUUUUUUUUUUGUUCCCUUUGCCACCGCGUCAGUAACGUGGCUAAAGGUAGGCGAAACACAAGAAGACAAAACAAAAAUUAUUUCGAAGCUAGUUGAAAAAAGAAAAAAAAAUACGAUGGAACAAGAUGCCAGUAUAUGCUAGAGCCAGUUUAUAUCGUUAAAAAAGAAGAAAGGAACCUCUACGUGUAAGAUUAGUGCGAAGAUUGAUAAAUUAAUACUUGUUAUGUGUUGUAUUUUGAUAGGGAAUAGUGCCUUUUAACGUUAAGGAAGAGAACGCUGCGUUAGGCCUUAAGUAUACUGUUAGUGCCUUAAGUCACGCGAAUCUUCGUGCUUGUACACAUUUCAUAACGCGACCAUUCGAAUCCUCGUCCAGAGGACCAGUGAGAUAUAUCAAGCGUUGCUUUAUUCGGUCGAGAUUCAUGGAAAUCAAGUUACAAGAUUCUCGAUACUCCCGUUUAAAUGUCGUUCGAAACAAACGAGGAAAAUUUCGCUAAUCGUAUUAACCGAAUCUUCAUAUCUUACGUAAAUUUAAUUCAAGAUCCUUGCUUUCGUUGUUACUCCUUCGAUUCACUGUUGCCAAUUGCUUCGUCUUCAUCCUACUUCGACAUCUACGAUUUCUAUCAUUCUAUCUGUGAUUUUCAUUCGAACGAUCGAUCGCGAAACAACGAAUCACGUUCGAUGGAAAAUUCGUUGGAAACGCUCGUCAGAUAUUUCUCACCUGUUCAAGAAGCAUCCUUUCGUUUCGUAAAGCCCACAGCGAUUUGCGUCGAACGACAAAAUACAUAAGUACCACAUACUCCGUUAUAAACCCGCAGGGACGACCACGCCCCUGGUUGGUGGUAUGAAUAAUUUUCGUGUGAUCGUCACUGCGAAAUUCAAUCCGAAAAUGAACGAGGUGCCACCCAGGAUGCCAUUCUACGAUCUUGAUGACUGAUACCGUUGUACCUUUCCUGUAAGGGAUUUCUUCGGCGGAACAGCCGUCAGUAAUCUGAGCAGAGCGAGGGCGAUGAGAAAUGCAUACUGACGUCAUGCCGACACCCUCUUUGAUCAUUAUCAUUUUUUUCACUGUGAGCUCGUGCCGAGUCGUACGCUUCUUAACGAUACAUCCCAACGUUGUGCCGUUAUAUCUCCACCUCGGGACGAUUCAUUUCGGCUAAUUGUCGACGGGGUGAUAAAACGAUAUUGUUUCCGGUUAACUUUUGCCCGUGAAGCCUCCCAUUCGCGAAACGUAUUAACACACAUCGUCUUCGUAACAUUCGUACGGGAUCACCUCGUCGUUCUUCAUCGUAAAAUUUCGUUUCGGCCAAACUCACGUAGGUUUCUUUCUUUUCAGAACUCGAUCAGUCGAAAUAUACGAUAAAGACGAACCGCUUUCCUCGAUCCGAAAAAUUUAAUCGCUAAACCACAUUCCAAUCUUUUUAAAGCGUAGCAACAAACGCCAUAGCUGUUAAAUUAUCGUGAAAGAAUCGUUUAACGAUAAGCCGAGAGACAGGAAGACAGGGAUUUCUAUAAGAAGCAUAACGACCUAUCGAGGUCCCUCAAGGUUAGCGACGAACAUUCCACGAGCACACACAUUCCUAGGUCGUGCACGCGUACGAUAGAUUCGCGAAAACCCGGACAAAGAGUAUCGGCAAUUUGUAUUUCAUGUUAAUGCGAAGCUAUUCAAUUUCCCGUAGAAGGUGAACCGUCGGUGAAACAGGAAACCGGGUAAAGGAAUUGAAGGCGACCGAUUUUCUACAAAGGCCCCACCUAGAGAAAUUAGCAUUUCAAGUGCCUUAACAGACGUCAACUGACACCUAACUAAUCGAGGCUACGCGUUCGAAUUGAAAUCACCUUCUGCGAUCGAAUGGACGCUUUCGGCCAUUCGGUUGACACACUUCGGUUAAAAAAAGGCGACGUAAAGUGGGAACGAGGGGCAGAGAAAAAUGGAUCGGCAUAAAAUUUCCAUUGGCGAUGAUUGAUAAUUCGAAACGCGGUACGUUUGUGUAUUCGUCCGAAGGAUUUACAAAUAGCGUAUAAAUCGGUUGGAAGAUUUCGGUAUUCGAUCGUUAAAAGAAAAAUAUCUGUUCGCGUUCUUUAAUUUUAAUUAAAUUUUAAGAUUGGAAAAAGGAAAAGUCUUUAAAUCAAAGAAUUUUCUCGAAAAGAAUUCGUCUUUCGACAAGGUCUUUCAAAAGUUCAACCCUCCGACGUCGAUCGUUUGGAUCGUCGUUGCUCGAUCGUUCGAUGGGUGUCGACGUACCUGAAUUCGUUGUUAGAUUGUUGAUUUCAUCAUAUUCUCGUGCGCUUACACGGCUGUCGGAAAGAAUUCCAGCGUGGCGUAUUAAUAAUUUAAGAGGUGCUCUUAACGAGCGCGUUCGAGUGAUGUUUAAUGGCCGCGCGAGAGAUCGAGCGAGCGAUCCUUCGAAAACGUGUCUGAUAAAAAAGAAAAGAGUAGGAAAAAGUCACGAUGCAUCGAGCUUUUCGAAGACGUAGCUGACAGGUCAGUCCGUCAAACUAGCGAUGAUUUUCCAUUCUUCGCUUCAAGGGCCAGUAAAAUGAUACACACAACGCGUACACACACACACACACACAUACACACACACACACACGUCGGUCACUAACAUGCAUACCUUAUGAAGCAACCACACGUAUAAAUUGCAUCCUUAAUCUGCGAUCAUGCGCGGUGCUCAAUCUCUCUUGGUGCUUUCGUACGUUGAAUUUGACGUGCGUACAUCGUGGACAAUACGAGGUCGAUUCUUAAAGAUCCAUUACGCAGGAGCGCAAAACGUAUCGUUGCAAGAGGUGUGCACGUGUUUGCGUCUAGGAGAUGUCGAGCCACAUAGGAAACGAAAAGCAAUAGCAAGUAAUAUAUUUACACACGUAGUUAAGUAUAUUCCACGAGUUAUACAACGUUAGUUAAUUGCCUGAAACGCAACUUUAAAACGCCAUCACUUUCGAACUCAGGAAACGAAAAUGGCUAUCGAGAACGAAUCCGAUUGAUCGAUUUUGAUUUCUCUUUUACGAAAGAAUUGUCGCGUUUUAUGUGGUCCAAGAAUCUCCAACGAUGAAAAAAAAAAAAAAAAAAGAAAGCUACGCGAACAGAAACACAGGCCGGUGAUUAAUAAUUUACUCAGAUACGGAAAUUCUCGUUAAGAAAAAGGAAAAAAGGAAUAAAACGGAACUACUAGAUCGUAAGGAUAGAUACUAGCAGAUAGUAAUACUUGUACAUAGUAUGUAAAAUUAUCCGUUGAUCAUCACCGAUAGUAAAGCAACGGAUCAGCGUAGCAUAAUUUUUCUCGCAAUAAUGUAAUCAAUGGGGGCCAGUAAUUCUCUCUCGGAUCUCGCACGGUGUUAUACACUGCGAGGCGCGUGGCGUACCCUUUUUCUCAGCGAAUUUUUGGCGCAGUCGAACAUACACAAUACACACACAAUAUACAUAUACACAGUUUCGUCGCGCGUGCUUCUCGUCGAUUGUUCGAACGCGAGCAGCGAAUGAGAACGAUCGAACCUCGCGCGGAAACGCUUUCAGGUUCCUAGAACAGGUGUAAACGAUCGCAUCGAAUGGUAACACGAAUAUGUUGGAUCUACCGCGAUGAAAAUCCGUGGGUCGUCGAUGAACGUGUUUCUAUUGGACGCCGGAACACACGCGAAAGCUCGACUGUCGUCGAAGUUGGGAAGGUUUAAAGGGACAGUUUUAACAGUCGCGCGCCACCAACUAUUACUUUAUAAGAAUAUAUGUAACUGUAUAUGUCGCGUAGAGUUGCGUAGGAUCGAUAAUAUAAUAUAUUACACUACGACUCACUCUGUAUAAACGAAGGCAUUAUUAUAACUUUGUACUUUCUAAUUAUACAUUAACCGCGUCGCUUGAGGACGGUCGCUAUUCGUACCGCGCACGUCGGCAGGGGAGGUUCGUUAGUGCAUUAAAAGAAAAAAAUAUAUAUAUUAUAUAUAUAUAAAUAAAAAUCUAUAUAUAUAUAUAGAUAAAUAUAGAUAUAUAUUGUAAAUGUGGUUGUAAUCUUAUUACUGUUAUAUCGAUAUAUCGAUGUCCUUGAUUUGGAUAAUUUAUUUAUUGCGAUGUGAACCGAAACGAAGAUCGUGUAAUUAUCGUAUACCGCGGAAAAGAAGAAGAAGAAAAAAAAAAGAAAGAAAGAGCAAACUGAUUAUUGAAGUAAUAGCGAAAUAUUAUUAAUACGCACGAAAUUAUAUAUUUAUACAACGUUAUCGACGCGAGGACACGUCUCAGAGGCGCGUCUCGUCGCGUGAAAGUCCUAAAUUGUGAAUCACGUUUGUGACAGUACGGUCGGGCGGAUAUUUAAAUAUCGUACUUCGCGAUUCCUACUGAGGAAGUAAAAAUUAUUGUAUCGUAAGAGGGCGGUCCGUGGCCCCGUACGUGUCCAUUAAAUAAAUUAUAUCGUCGACAUAAUCGCUAGCACACAAGGUGUCACGUGCGUCCUGUGCGGUACAAUAUCGCGCCAGUCGAUAAUCUUAUUAUCGAAAUGAUGGUUACAUAUUUUAGAUAAUCCUAUUAUCAUUAUCAUUAUUACGAUUCUUAUUAUAAUUGCUACUAUUACUAUUAUUAUUGUAUUUGGCAGGGUUACGACAUUAAAAUCGUAAAAAAAGAAAGA